AUGGAUGGAGAAGAGAAGACCUACAGUGGCUGUGAAGGCCCUGACACCAUGUAUGUCAAAUUGAUAUCUUCAGAUGGUCAUGAAUUUAUUGUAAAAAGAGAACAUGCAUUAACAUCAGGAACAAUCAAAGCCAUGUUGAGUGGCCCAGGUCAGUUUGCUGAGAACGAAACGAAUGAAGUCAAUUUUAGAGAGAUCCCUUCACAUGUGCUAUCAAAAGUGUGCAUGUAUUUUACUUACAAGGUUCACUACACUAACAGCUCCACAGAGAUUCCUGAAUUCCCAAUUGCACCUGAAAUUGCACUGGAACUGCUGAUGGCUGCAAACUUCCUAGAUUGUUAA